UCUUCAUUCAAGGCUCCCAUUUCACUCUUCCCCCACCUGCCCUCUGUACAUAGUGCUGCUGUGCUGGAUUAUUUUGAUUUGACCUGAUGGAGCUGUUGUUUGGUUUGGUCCUACUACAAGUGCUCUCUCCCUGCUUUGGCUUUCCCAAUGGUGCACCCACCUCUGCCUGUGAUGACAUGGUCCCUCGCCACUCUGGGGUGCAGCCACAGCCCACCCCAGCACCCUACACCAUCCUUACCAGCACCAGGACCCUUCAGACUGGCCAGCCCAUUACAGUGACCAUAACUGGAGCAAACUACAGAGGCGUGCUUCUGGAGGCCCGAUCAGCAGCCAGCACUAAUGCUUUAGGAAGUUGGCAACUUCCUCCUCCAGAUACCAAAUUCCUGCAGUGCUCAGGAAAUGCACAAGGUGCCAUCACCCAUGCCAAUACUAACUUGAAAGACGGCACUACUGUGUUUACCUGGAUGCCACCCAACAACACCAGCACUAUCUACUUCAUGGCCACUGUAGCCCAACAGCGCACUGUCUACUGGUUGAAUAUCAGGUCAGGAAUUUUGACCAAAGGAUCAGAGGGCAUUGGUCUGGCUGCAGGUGGAAAUCCAGGGAUGGCCAGUAAAGGAUUUCUGCUGCUUCUUGCCCCAUGUCUGCUGGUUUCACAGAUGCUCCCAAGAUAGUAGUUACAUUCCAUUUUGAUACUACCGAAGCAGCUGGCAACACCCGCUUUCAUUGGGAAAAAUAUUUUGAUUGCAUAAUUAACACAUUGUAUUAGAAAAAAGUACUUUUCAUAUAGUUUUACUGAUUAAUAAAAGGUACAGUAUCAUGCA